CUGCCCAGCUUCAGGCAGCCAGCUCCUGUCUUGUCUGCUGCAAGCGGGUCAGCUGAGACGCACCCACCCCGUAAGAUGCCUCAGCGCCCGUGUGGAUGUGCACUCGUGUCACUUGCUUCAGGCAAACACAGGAUCUCUUUAGUGGGAGCCUCCUUUGGGGACGGCGCGCGCCUGAGGACGCUGAGCCUGGCCAGGACAUUCUUUGCAGGCUCCUCUGAUGUGGAAACUGCAGCACAGAAAGGUAAAAUGACUUGUCCCUUGUCACCCAGCAGGCUAGUGGAAGAGCCAAGAAUACAGCCAAGAUCUUCUGGGUUCCAGUCCACUCCUGUGCUGUGAACAAGGCAAAAGGGAGCAACAUGUAAAGCAUGUGGAUUAAUUUUAAAUUAGCUUUGUUGAUUUAUGUUACUUUGAAUGGGACUGGCCCUGCGUUUAUCUGAGUCUGCCUCCUACAAACUCCACCUACAUUCACAUACCUCCUUGGUAUUUAGGGGGUUCUGCCCACACAGCUGAUAUUAGUGGAUGAUUGGGUUUUUCCAUUAGGCAGUGACUUCUGGGUUUUUCCAUUAGGCAGAUCACUUAAUGUCUCUUCACUUUGAAAAAAUAUCUAAAAACUUUUUCCAAAACCAUUUAAACCUUAUUACCACUCUUUUAUUUUCCCAUCUAUUCAUAAAUUUGUUGAGAGGGUUUUGAAUAAGCAAGACUGUUGUUCAGCCCCAAGGAGCUUUUUGCCAGGUGUAGAGCCUUAUCAAGUAAGUUGUUGUUAUUUAUUGUUAUUUGUGGACAGUCCUACUACUGACUGUUUCACGAAGUGGGGAUCUGACCUACUUCCAAAUAGCCAAGUGGAAAUGAGUAUUGUAGUUAGCGUGUCAGCUAUGCAUAUUCCAGGAAAGGAAAGUUGUUUUCCAAAUGUUCUAUCAGGGGACUUCGACAUCUGUGAAGAAGUAUCAUUGGUAAUUACACAAUGUUCAUGGUUGGUUAGGGCAACUCGUUUAUUUUUAACUCUUAGCCAAAUAGAAUAGUACACAGACACACCCUCCCACUACAUCUGUUUCACAUGAUCUCCACAUCCCUGAUGUGGGGAAAAAUGGAAAAUAAGUUCACACGUGUUCAGAAAUGACUUAACACAUUACAACUAACACAGUUUUAACUAUGAUUUGUCGCCUUCUAUAGACAGAACGGGUCAUGUUUAGCUGGUCAUGAUUAACCUGAAACUCCAUCCCAUUGCAGAGUUAACAAGUUUUUAAGAGUGACAUCUUCACAGUCUAGACAAACACCAUGAGCUUUGGCAUGAGGGCCUGGAUAUGUGAACAAGUUACCACGGGGUAAAAUAGAGUGGGACUUCACCAUGUGUCAGCUGCUCAACGUGCAUGUUCUUCCCCCAAAGUAAAUGAAAGUUAAACUCCUUAGUGAAAGAAUGGUAAACUGAGCACCCACAAACUCCCAUGGAAGUCAGUGAGGCUUGAGUGGGGAAGGAGGGAGGAGGUGCUCAGUACAUAGCAGGUUAGCACCUGGAAAGAGGUGGAAAAGUUUAAUUCCUUUAUGUCAUCUUUAAAAACUAGAUACAAAGCUAGAGAUAGCUCCCGCACUGCAAGAAAUGGAUAUUGUUUUUGUGUGAUGGUUGAGAAAUGGGCCAAGAAUUCUGAUCUCAGAGGGGAGGAAAAGGAAUGUUUAUAUGACUAAUAAAAUGGCAUUUUGUACUUCUGUAACAGCAGAGCAGCCCUGUUUCCCUUGCUAAUAACUCUGGGGUUAGGCUGGGAUUAAAAUACUUGUCUUUUAGCCUCAUCUAUCCUUCAAACAGCUGCCAUGUAAAAUGGAACACUCCUGCUAUUGUCCUCAAAAUAAAGUCUAAUUCUUUGGCCAGGUUGCAGAGGGAGAUGCUAUUUUUUUUGCUCCAUUUACCACAAAACUUGUUUUUGUUAACUAGAAAAUCUCAUUGUCCAGUUCUGAUUUUAGUUACACAACCACAGGUCUUCUGAGGUUUCAAUCAAACAGCAUCUUGCUUAAUACCCCUGUUUGCUUUUUACGAGUCAGAUUCCCUGUCCUUGGCAUUAUGGUUUAUUUUCUAUAUAUAUAGAUGUAAAUCAAAUUCAUGCUAUCUUGAGAAAUUUACUGAAAUGGGGUAUGGCUCUAUUAAACUGCAAGUGGAACCCUCAAGGGGAUUGGUGCCUUCAGUGAUCUAUUAAAAUAAAUCAUUCCUGGUUUGAAUUUCACAGUAAACUAAGAUAUGAAAUGAUAUAUAGCAAAAGAAUCUCUCUGUUUUAAGAAAUAUUGUUGCUAUAGAUCUUAUCUUAAUCUCUUCGUUCUCAGAAGAAGUAGGAUUAACAAUGGAGAGAGAAUGACAAGAUUUUGGACAGCUGUUUCACGCAAGAGAUUCCAAGGAUAUUUUUCAUGUAACUGUCUACUUGUCUAGGGUGAUAAAAUGCUCUUCAUGCAUGCCUUUAAUGUGAGCCAUCUGGAAGGAAUAACAUAACCCUUGUCUAUAAACGCCACCCAAGUAUAUUAUCAGUUUCAGUUGACUUUUAAGGGAGACCAUCCGAUUAGAAGAGCUAAAGAGAAGACAAAUAAAAGGUAACUUCUUCAACCAGUCCCACUGUGCUUGUGGAGACCUUCAAUGUGACUGGUUUUGGUGUGGUGCGUAGUCCAGCAUAUUCAUAAUUCCCUCCAGGCUAUAUAAAAUGAGCAUGGUGAUGCCCUGGUUGCUGCUGCUGCUGCUUCUGCUUGUGAGCUUUGGUUUACCUGCACCUAGACUUUCAGACAAGGACAUCUGCCUCUUAGACAACAAUAACUUAAAACAGAAAUUAAAAUUGUUCCAAGGCUUGCUUCACUUAUAUGAACUACAGCUGAAGGACCUCUUGGAGAACAACUAUCACAGAACAAAGAGCAAGGUCUUUUCAGUCAGCAGGAGCAGGCAGCCUGUGGUACUUCUACCUCCAACUAGUGGAAAUCUUAUAGUCUACGAUCAAGAUUGCUCUGCAGUGUUUAAUAGUAAAAAAACAGAAAAUGGAUAUUACCGGAUAAGGCCCAACCCAGAGCAAGAACCUUUCCUGGUUUAUUGUGACAUGUCUGAUGGAGGUGGCUGGACUGUGAUACAGCGACGCAGUAAUGGCAGAGAGAAUUUCAACAGGAAGUGGGCUGAUUACAAACUAGGAUUUGGACGAUUUCAAAGCAAGAAUGAUGAAUACUGGCUAGGCAAUGAUCGCAUCCAUGACUUGUUGGUUAGAGAGGAAAACAUGUUAAAAAUUGACCUGAUGGACUGGCAUGGAGAGAAACGAUAUGCUAUCUAUGAAAACUUCCAGAUCAAGAAUGAGCAGGACAAUUACAGGCUGUGGUUUGGCACCUAUUCUGGUAAUGCUGGUGACGCCCUGUCUGGUGGGAGCAACUUUAGAGAACAGUGGUCUGCAUCACACAGUGGGAUGCAGUUUACCACAUCAGACAAGGAUCAUGAUAGAUUCUUAACAGGCAACUGUGCAAAGGAGAACAACUGCGGUUGGUGGUUUAACAGAUGCCAUGCAGCAAAUCUCAAUGGACAAUAUUAUAAGGGAGGAAACUACACUGGACAGCAGGAUAACGGAGUGGUUUGGUCAUCCUGGCAUGGGUUCUGGUACUCAUUGAAAUAUGCGGUCAUGAAAGUUAGGCUUCCAUCUUUUGUCAACAUAGCGAGUGGAAGUGGUGAGAACAGUUAGGACAGUGAGAACCUGCAUCUUUGGAGAGCGCAUAGAGGGGAAAAGAUUUUAAAGAUUAAGGACCAGCCCACCAACUGCUGUAAAUGAACAAACCUGCACUCUAGAAAGUAAAGCUUCAUCCGUUUCUACCAGCUGAGGAUCAAGGCACAAGUUCUUACAGCACAUCAGUUGUUUGAUCUUCUGGAGAACAUAAGGCUCUCUUUCAUUCAUGGUAAAACCAAUGGAAAUGCUUCAAGUUUCUUUUCCAGAGAACUCUGAGGCUUUGGUGGAGAGUGCUUAACCAACACCUUACAGGAUACACUCUGCACCUUGCAGGACCAAAACUUUCUCACCUUGAUUUCAGUGGUCAAGUGAGAUGAGCAGUUUGAGAACCUAGAAACAGAACAGGGUGGCAGAGAUCUGCAAUUCAAAGCUGUCAGCUAUAGGGAGGGUCCAAAUUCAGAUUAUUUCUUAAGUGCUUUUUACAAUGCUUAAAAGGAAGGCAAAUAUUCUUAGGAUUUUUUAAAAUUCAAUUACACUGUGUUCAUAAAUUCUCAUGCAGUGUGGUAGACAAUUUUAUACUCCAGAAAGUGAAAAUGAUUUGAAACACAAGCCAGAGUGUUCACUUCCACUUCCUUAUCCAAAUAAGAGUGAAACAAAAAGAAUGAGCAGCAGAAAUAAAUGACCAUAAGAAAUAUAAGGCUGAAAAUUACUUCUCACCAAUAAUUAAGUUGUCAGUAACAAAAGUCAGGAAUGAAAAAUAAUUCGGGCUUGACGCAAAUGAUUUCCCUGCCAUGUAGCACAAGUCUAUAUUUUGUAUUAUUAUAAAUAUGAUCUUUUAAACUAGUUGUUCUUUUCAGUUUAUUUUACAUUUAGAUCAAUACAUGUCAUAAUUUGUAUUAAACAUCCAUAAAAUAUGAAUUAAAAUAAUCUGAAUGGAACAUUAUAUUGCAUCUGUCCUUAAACAAUACUGAGAUGGAGAAAGAUCUGGAUGGAAAGUCAGGAGUUCCUAAGGGAGGUGAUGCUCCAAGACAUUUAACUCACAUUCUUGUCUCUGGUUCUAGUGAUCUUUUUCAGGGUCCAUAAGACUAGCUUAAUUGUUUUGAAUUGAGCAGCAUUAGAACAACUGUAGAGACUUACAGAGGUUCAGUAUAAAAUCUGUUAUGUUCAGCCUCCUGGUGGCUUAUCUAAUGUUUUAUCAUAACUCCCACACCGGACAUAUAAGGACUCUUACACCUGUUUAGAAAAGGCCUAAAUGACAUCCUGUUUGAGAUGAGGGCCAAAGUUGCCUCAGUCAGCAGUGUGUUCACAAGUGUGGCUUAGGUCAGGAGGCUGCAUCAUAGCGUGAAUGCACCGAAAGCCUUGACUCCAAGCAUAUCAAAUACUCGUGUGAAAGGAGAAUCACAAAUGGUGCCAAUAUUUACUCUUGUGACUAAAGGGGUCGGAGUGGAGUUGAGCACUAGCGCUGUUCCUUUCUCUGUUCCAGUAGUUCUCAAUCUUUGUAGACUCAAAGUCCCCUCGAUAGACUUGAGGCAUCACCCAGAAAAUGCCAGCUCUUCGUUUUCACUCUAUUUUUUAUUAUAGAAAAAGAGUAGUUUUUCUGUUGCAAAGCACUCAAAAAGGCCACAACAGUGGAUUUGUUUGAAAUCUCUUGGUUUAUCUGAUGAAUUGUGUUUGCAAAACACCCUGAGGCACUCUUGAAAAGAUCUCAAGACACCCUGAAGUGCCGUGGUACUCUGGUUGAGAAUUACUGCUCUAUUCAUCUUGUACUUCUCUGGAAUAAGUCUUAGUGUGGGUUCCUAGGUACCUAGAGCAUUGUGGUAAAUCAGAGGUUAUCAAAACUGGUGCUAGCUUAUGAGUCCCUAUCAACCUUAGUUUUAACAUACAGUACAACUGGGCUGCCCUUGGCAGUAUCCAGUAGCAAUGAGGCAAUUUCUAUCAAUGCAGAAAGCAGGAACUAGGUCAAGUGCAAUAUUUGCUUGCCAGCAGUCUACUCAGGAAGGUGCUAGCACUUCUAAUGAAUACUACUGCUCUAACCAGCUGCUGGAGACAUUUCUCAGAACAGGAUUACAGAAGGAUAGUUAUGUACAGCAGGAUGCUGAAAUUAAUGUCAGUGCCAAAAAGCCAGCGCUAUGCUUGCACAGAUGAUCACUGAGCAGCUGAAAGUGCUAAAUACAGGUAAAAUCCAGUCAAUAAAACAUUGUAAAACAUACGACUGACUUAGAACAAGAUCCUACACAGCCAAAAGAGAUUUCAGCCCCCCCCCCCCC